AUGAACUUGCAAAACGCAAUCGUCGUCUUUGUUGCUCGAGCCGAGCCAGCACGGCUGAUGACCCAACACGCUAAAAGAGAUUGGCUGCUCAAAUCCCUUGAGCCUGUCAAGGAGUUUCGCGAGACCAUACUCCCUGGUCUCGUUGAAACAUUCGUGUUCAUCUUGCAGUCGAACUCGCCAUUCAGACCAGCAGGAGAGGUGAUCCUAUACUUCACCGAUCUUUUCAAGGAGGCUCAGCAACAGGAUCGGGAUAUCUUGCUUGUUGUGCGUGGUUGGGAUGGUCUCACGACCAACCAAGGAGCGUUUCAGAAGCUUUUCGCGCUUCGACCGGAGAGUGUCUUAGGUCUGCUGGUAUGCCCCAUCUGGGCGGGAGGCCUUGACCCGGAGGAUCCAAAGGAGCAUCCAAACACCAAAUUGAACUGGCCGACUAAAUCACAUCUCGAGUGGGGUCCCGCUAUUACAGCAUCCAAGUAUAGGCUGUCAAACGACUUCAAACUGCUUCGUGAUUUCACCUUCGAACGCAACACGCACCGGUGGGCGAAAGGCCCUAUCCAUGAAUGGGGUUUCGAAGGGUGUGGUGCAGCCUGCUAUCUCGAGAUACAUCGGUCGAGAACCCACGGGGUGUUAGAGACCGAGGAGGCAAAGCAAGCAGACAGCGAGUCGAAAAAAUGUCGUUAUUGCGGGAAAACAUAUGCUCGGAAAUAUUCCAGGGAUCGACAUGAGAAGACUUGCUUGGACAAUCCGGACCAUGAAACUCGUCCGAAAGGCCAGCCUUUUGCCAUCAGCAAACGCCGAGAGACGACCGACCCACAGAGCGUGCCGAUGAUACACGCGGGCGUCAAGAAAGUUUGGCUGGUGAGGAGGCCUUGGAUUUGA